AUGAAUCGAAGACGGCGAAAUCGCGGAGGAGGAUUUGAUGAAGGAGUUCCGUCGGCCACAAUUAGCCUAGAGCCCCGAACAAGGAGCCGAUCGUUUUUCAGUUUUUGCAGUUGGGAUUUUGGAAUUCUUGCAUUUGUUAUUUUUAUCGCGUCAUGUUAUAUGUUUUUGUAUAUUUAUAUGAAUCCAACGAUUGAUAAAUUACCGCCGAUUAGUGGACCAGAUUAUGAUAGUGUAGGUUUUUAAUUAAAUGGGUUUUGAGAGAAAAAAAAAAUUUUUUAUAGAAACAAUGGGGAAGUUAUCGACCACAUUUGUACUUUGGAUUAAGAACAAGAUCUCCACAAUCACCACUUUUUGGAAUGAUGUGGUAUGAAUCACAAUUGCCGCAUGGCCGCCCUCAAGUUCGACACUGGUGUGAUCAAAAUGAUGGGAUAAAUCGAUACGGUUGGUAUGAAGCUGACGGUCGAAGUUUUGGAAAACAAAAUAUUUCUGACAAAUUUGCAACAAUACAUACAGAUUGGAUACAAGAAGCUAAUGGAUUCAAGGCGAAGAUCAAUUUCGACUUGAAGCCUGGGAAGAUUGCUAAUGUUUUAUUCUAUCUAACAAGUCAGGAUAAUACAGUUUUCAAGCAAGGUUAUCAUUUGAAUGAGGUUUUCAAAGCGAAAAGCGAGUUUUUGGGAGAUUUUAAAUUGUCGAUUGAGUUGAAAGAUGAGCGAGCUUUGUUUAUGAAAUCAGUUUUGCUGACAAAUGAAAAAGUACCAAUCAAUAUGUAUCAAGAUAUUGUGGUGGGAAAUUCGGAAAUAUCUGUGGAAUCGGUGAGUUUAAAAAGAGACUGAACAAAUACACUUACGCAAACAAUUGGAAGAUCAAAUUUUGACCAAAAAACUGUUUUUCAGAAUCCUGGAAGUCAAGAAAAAAUGUUUUUCAUGCAUUUAAACGAGAAAGUUAACGAAAGAGAUGGUCGAAUGGCAGUUGUUCAAUUGAAUUUGAUAAAAUCAACAGAAAUUUAUAUAAAGCUUGGCAAAAUUGAGAAUCAGGGAGCAAAUUCUGAUUUUGAAAAAGAGAUUCAGAAGAAAUCGCAGAAUUUCAAAACAAAGUUUGAAAAAGUCUUUGAGAUUGAGAACAAGAAUUAUACCGCUGUUCAAAAAACGAUGGCAAAAGUUGCACUUUCAAAUAUGUUAGGUGGAAUCGGAUAUUGGAAUGGUUUCAACAAAGUUCAAACAUCUUCGGGUCUUCAAAAUUAUGGUCCUCAUACUUUAUUCUCAGCAGUUCCAUCACGCCCUUUUUUUCCAAGAGGAUUUCUAUGGGACGAAGGAUUUCACAAUAUGUUAAUUCGAAAAUUCGACCCAAAAUUAUCGCUAGAAAUCGUUGUUUCUUGGAUGAAUUUAAUGGAACAAAGUGGUUGGAUUCCACGAGAAAUGAUUUUGGGGCCAGAAGCUGAGGCAAGAGUUCCACAGGAAUAUAUUGCACAAAAAAUGGAUGUGGCGAAUCCGCCAAGUCUUUUUUAUGUGAUUGAUAAAUUGGUGCAUGAUGAGAAGGUUGUGGCGAAAUAUGGUGGGGUUUUGGCGAAGAUUUAUCCGAGAUUAGAGAAAUGGUUCUUCUGGUUGCGAGGAACACAACAUGGAACAUCGAAAACCACAUUCAGGUUUGAUAGGGGAAUUUGGAGGGAAUCGGCAAAUUUUAUAAAAAUUCUUGAUUGAAAAAAUUUAAAAUGAAAUUUUCAAAAAGCCACGUCAUAGGUCACGCUUAAAACUCAAAUUUUAUUUAAAAGCCACUAAAAUUUUGAUGGGUGGGGAAAAAGUGGAAAUUUUUGAAAUUAAAAUUUGAUUUUUUCCCUGAUGUUAGGGUUUUUGACAUUUUCUGAAUUGAAAAUUUUUGUUUAAAAAAUUAAAAAAAAAUUUUUUUUCGACUUGAAAAAAAAAUUGCGGCGUGAAAAAAAUCCGCAAACACCACCACGCGCAAACACCUACAGUAUUUCCGGGAAAAUUAUCAAAAGAAGAGUUCUAGAUUCGAAUUUUUAGGACAUUUUUUCUCGGUUAACUAAUUAAUAAAUUAUAAUUAAAAGCCUGGAAUAUAUUAAUCAAACCAUUUUAUUGAAAAAAAAUUAUUAUAAAAUUCUGAAACAUAUAAUUUACGGGUUGGAAAUUUGUUCUAAAACUUUAAAAAAUUUCAAAGAAAUUUUCUACGCUUCAUAAUUUAUCAUAGAAUUUUCAUGAUUUUAAUCCAAAAAUCAAUAGUUUUUGACUUUUCAUAAAAAAUAUAUCAAAAUUUUGAAACGUAUUUUUUUUUGUUUUUAAAAAAAUAGGAUUUUUGAGUCAAAAUUUGACUCUGAAAAUUGAAAUUUUCUGAAUAAAAAAUGAAUGUUUUACAGAUGGCGUGGUCGAAACGAGACAACAAACCUCGAACUCAACCCAAAAACCCUCUCCUCAGGUCUCGAUGAUUAUCCACGUGCCAGUCAUCCAUCAGACAUCGAAAGACAUUUAGAUCUUCGUUGUUGGUUAGCCCUAUGUGCUCGAGUUCUUGAAAGACUUUCAAAAUUCUACGGAACCGACGCGGAUCAUCGAAAAUUCUCGAAACAUAUGGAAGAACUCAAUGAUUUCGAUCAACUUGUUCAAGAUCAUUGGAGUGAAGAGCAUCAAGGUUUUUACGAUUAUGGUAAACAUAGUGAAGAUGUUGCACUUGCAAUGGUCCCAGUUCCCGGGCCAAAACGAGUGGAAUAUCAAAGAGUUACAGCAAGAGCAGCGACUAAUAAAUUUGUGACAAAUGUUUAUGGAUAUAAUAGUUUAUAUCCGCUGAUGCUUCGAUUAAUACCAGCAGAUUCUAAACAUCUGAAAGCGACAUUGGAUAAAAUUCGCGAUCCGAAAUUGUUAUGGACGAAAUUUGGACUGAGAUCUGUAUCGAAAACAUCGCCUUAUUAUCAAGCGAGAAAUACAGAACAUGAUCCACCAUAUUGGAGAGGUUAUAUUUGGAUUAAUAUUAAUUAUAUGGUUUUAUCAGCAUUGCGACAUUAUGCUGAUAUUGAUGGACCUUAUAGGGAAAAUGCGGAAAAUAUAUUUGGAGAAUUGAGGAAGAAUUUGGUGGAAAAUAUGGGAAAGGUGAGGAUUUUUUUUUUGAGCUUCAAGCUUUUGUCAAAAAAUAUGUUUUUUUUUAAUUAAAAAAAUUCAUUUUUUCGAAAUAUUUGAAAAUUUUUUUGUUUAUUAAGCAUAUUUUCAUGAAUUCAAUAUUGUCGAAGUUGAAAAAUCCCAAACCUAAAGAAAGAACGGAAAAAAUAAGAGUGUAUGUCAACACCGACAGCCCGCAAACAACAAAUCCUACGCGCAACCUUGACGCGAAAUACGCGGUGUGUGUUUUCGCGAAGAAAUUUCUGGGGAUUUUUAAAAAUUGGGAACCCCCCAGAUUUUAGAAAUUGACACGCUUAAAGUAUAACAUAUGGGAACCCUGAGAAUCUCUCCGAUGUCGCUUUUCCCUUGGAGAAUACUAGUAUGGUUAAAAAAAUGUGCAAAAUUGAAUGAAAAACACAUAAGUUCGUCAGUCGCGUGCGGCUGUGCGUCGCGGUUGGGAAAAAAGGAAUUAUUAUCGAAAAUCUCCACGCGCUCCACCGAAAUAAACACGCAACGCAGACCGCGCCGCGCCACAACACACAAAUAGAGGAACGAUUCAAAUUCCCUCCCUUUUUGUGUGUGUUAGGGCGCGGCGCGGUCUGCGUUGCGUGUUUAUUUCGGUGGAGCGCGUGAGAUUUUCGAUAACAUUGAUUGUUUCCCGACCGCGACGCACAGCCGCACGCGAUUCAAUUCUGCACUGGUUUUUAAUUUUUAUAGCUUCAACUUUUUGACAAUACAAAAAAUGCUAUUUUUCUCAAAAGGAACCACCAAAUCUUGAAUUUCAUAAGAAAUCCUAUAAUUCACACCUGAAACUCUGAAAAUCCUUGCAGCAAUUCGACAAAACUGGAUACAUUUGGGAGAACUACGAUGAUUCAACUGGCCAAGGUCGAGGUUCACAUCCAUUUAAUGGAUGGUCCUCCCUGAUUCUCAUGAUUAUGAGCGAUAAAUUAGAAACAUAA